GGGUGGCGGUCUAACAGAUGUGUCGAUAUUCCAACAGAUGCCGAACAUUGAGGUUAUCAGCUUGAGCGUCAACAGCAUCACAACGUUAGAAGACUUCAGCUUCUGUUCCAACCUAACAGAGCUCUAUGUUAGGAGAAACUGCAUUGCAAGUCUCUCAGAGAUCUGGUUUCUAAGGAGUCUACCCAAACUCAGGGUACUCUGGCUUGCAGACAAUCCAUGUGCUGCAGGUGAUAACUACAGAGCCACAGUUCUCAGAAUAUUACCCAACCUUCAUAAACUAGAUAACAUUGUCGUCACAUUUGAUGAAGUGAACAGAGCAUUAGAGGAAGGUGAUGAGUUAGAGCCCCCAAUCAACUCUACUGGUAUCUAUAGCAAUGGCCACAUUCCAAACAACAACAAAGAUAACAAGGAGAAUAGAGACAGCUCAAUGGAAUUCAUGACAUUAGAUGAAACAAAUAAAAUCAGAGAGCAGCUUGGACUGAAGCCAUUAUCAUCCGACAAACUUUCUCCUGCCAAACACAAGACUGUAAGCAGCCACAAAACUAAAAAUGCCAGUAUCCUGUCUGCAGUACUCACCCUCAUCAAAGAGUUGGAUAGGGACAGUUUGGAGGUAGUGGCUAAUGCCUGCAAGGAUAGAUUAGAAUCAUUAUGAUCUCAUCAGAUACUUCCUUACAGUUGCAAAAGGUAUUCAAGAAAAACUCUAUGAACUGACUGCCAGAGACUACAGAAUAUAUAAACUUUGCACAAAGAGAGCAACUGGGGCUUUUCAAGGCAGGCUCUUGUGGAUUUAAUUGUGUUUGAUGUCAUUCGAUGGUUACUUCCCACAGAUGGGUUUGAAGAAAAGACACCUUGAUGAGGAGGAAGAAUUGAAUCUGAUCCAAUGGCUGCAGAGACAAGAUUAUGCUUCAGAGUAAUGGAUGCUGUGGAUUACCAUCGAGGUUACCGAUGCUUGUUGGACUUGAUGGAAAGGCUGGUAGCCGUUCCAAUGUCCUGCAAUUAUGAAGUGCACAUUGACUUCCUCUAGUAUUGCAGACAUGGUAUGGAGGAUUGACAUUUGUAUCAUCUUUUAAGGCAACAGGUUUAAUGAAUGUUUGAUGUAUGCUGUGGAUUACCAGAGAGGUUACUGAUGCAUAUGGGACUUGAUGGAAAGUCUGGAAGCCAGGCCAAUGUCCUGCAAUUAUGAAGUGCACAUUACAGACAGGAUAUGGAGGAUUGACAUUUGUAUCAUCCUCUUUAUAGGCUCAAGAUUUAAUGAACUGUUUGAUGUAUGUAUCAAACAAAGGCAUUAAUUUGCCUUUGAUCUUGAUGGUUGGUGCAUGUGUACUAAAGUGAAUCGGAUAUUUUCAUCUUGUAGUAUUUGCCUGAGAAAUCAGUUUUCUCCUGAGACUGUUCUCUCAAGUCAGAUCAAAUGUUUCUUUGAGAAUUGACCCACCCGCUGCCAUUACUAGAAGAAAAUUGAUUGUCCCAUCUAUCAGAAUUUCCUAUGAAAUGAAAUAUCAGUAUCGCUAAGCCUGUACAGAUUUGUUUACUGUAUAUAUCAAUGUCCAUUGUUUUCAUUUAAUUGCCAAUUUGAAUGAGAAAGAAAAUGCUGCCUUUUGCAAAUGGCUGCUCAUUUACACGUUUACCAUCUCCUUUAAUGGAUGGGUGCUGAUCCUCACACAGCCACACAAACAAGGGUUGAUCUUAUUUUUUUUAAUGUAUUCAAAGCUUAUUCAAUUCUGUUUCUUGAAUUCACUUCUGUUUUUUUUUUACUCAGAAGGUAAAAAUGUGUAAUUGGGAUGAGAAUGAUAAAACAUAUAUCUCAUUUGUAUUAAAAAAAUUUAGUGACUGAUAUGAUUUUUAUUUAGGUAUAUAUUUUUUGUAGUUCUGUCAGUAUAUUGAUUUCGCUGUGAGGUCAUUCUUCGUUAUGUAUUCAAUUUAUCUAGGUAAAAGAAAGAAUUGAUUUAUUCUCUUGGAGAGAGCAGACUAAUGAUAUACUUCAAAAAUGUUUCUGUCAUUAUUUAAGUUGUUUUCAUUAGAAUAAUCAUAUGUUGAGUAAUUGUCAUAUAUAUAAAGAAAAUUAUUAAUUCUUCCAUUUUCCCUCUUCAUGAUGAAUUAGUUUAUUUUGAACAUACAUGAUAAUCUGCAUAAAUUAUGACAUGUGUGUCAUUAAACUUUCAUGAAAUUAACAAAUUCCAUGUAAAGUUUGCAAUAGGUUACUCUCUUAUUACACUACAGUCAGCAAAAUUAUCAAAUAAGAGGUUGCAAUCAUUAUAAUCAUAAUGAAAAUGCCAUUAUUAUUGAAGGUAUGGUCAGGUGUUGGUGUGACAUACAUAUAAAUGACAUCAUAAGAGGGGGUGGGUAAACAUUCUAUUUAUUCAAUCUUUGAUUGCGUAAUGUAGUUUUGUUCUUAAGUCCUAAAAGUUCACAUUAUAAUCAGGUUGGUUUUAAGAAAGGCAGAAUAUAUGAGGAAAUCUACCAAGGAAGUUGAUGACGAUCCAUCUUAAGAGAAUGAGAAUAUUUGUACUAUUUUUCUUUAUUAUUAUUGUUACUUCAUUUGGGAGCUGCUCAUUCAUGUAAUGUAUUAUACUUUCUAGAUGUUUUGAUGAUUUGAUACAUAAUUCCUCAAAAAUCUUUUAAUCAUUUUUCAUUUUUAGUGCUUCUGUUGGACCCAAUUUAAUUUCAAGGUGGAUUAAAACUUAAAACAACAUCAAAACCACAUCAAAAUGGAUUGAAGAACCUAGUAUAUAACUGUUUCUCAAAUUGAACAUCCAUCCCCCCUCCCCUCCUACUCCUGAAAUUCAAAUUUCAUAUCUUCAAUUUUUUAACCUUUGACUUAAACAUGUCACUUUGAGAUAAAAGAAGAGAAGCAAGGUAUACCAGUGCCCAAAAGCAGUUUGUUCCUCUUUGUUUAACCCACCACUGUAUAGUUUAGCAGGAUAGAGGGUGCUAUUCAAGAUUAAUCAACAAGCACCACUCAGUUGUUCAUAAUUCUUGGUAACUGCAUGAAUACUUUCCACAUGCAGAGGCUGAUUCUGUCUGAGAUAGUACUACGAAUGUACCUUUAAAUAUAAUUAUAUUUGCUUUCAGGUCAUUUUAAAUGCCAAGUGAACAUUUCACCAUUCUACAUAAGUACAUAUUACUACAAGAACUACUUUUUUCUAAAGAAUCCUAAUGUUCUGAUUUCAAAAUGAGGAAAUGCUCAAGUAAGUUGAAUCUUAAAGGGGGAGCAAACUGAUAUAUAUAUGGUCUCUCACUGAGUGUAUGUUAUAACUAGCUAGACUUAAAUGUACCAUUUGAGCUAAAUUAUUAACACUACAGAGAAUAAAUGUACACCUGGUUUUAUUUCAGAGAAACUAAAAUGUUGAGAGAGAAACUAAACUUGGUAACAUGAUCUUUGUAGGAUGAAUGUAUUGAAUAUUAAAAUUAUUAUUCAAGAGGGCCUAUAUGACAAGACUACACUGCUCAUAAAUGUUGCAUUAUGGUUAGUAACCUGGCCAGAUCCGAGUGAAUGACUUAAAGAGGUGCCAUUAAGACUGCUGGUUUGUUAAACUCUUCAACUUUUGGUUGCCUAACAAAAAAAGUAAGGAAUUUUUUUUCUCUUUCAGGCAUUGUCCCUUGUUUCUACACUUGGUCACACAUUCAAUCUGCUUACUGGGUGUUAUCAGGUGUUUCAAUACAUAUUACUUUUCAAGAUACAUGUAGUUAAUAAAUUCCUUUUCAUCUGAAAGUUUGGGUAUCAUUGAUUAUGAGCAGUGUAUACUUCUCGUCCCAUCAGCAUUUCUUACUUGCUUUUGAAAGGUUUUUUCUUGCAUUUUGUAAUGCCAGAACUGCGUAAUAAAAAGCUGAAGUGAAAGUAAUUAUCAAGUUUAUGAUAAAGGGUAUUUAAAGGCUCGAUCACCCUUUACCUUUAAGAUCUCCUUUGCUUUAAUUUAAUUGUGAACAUGUAUAAUGUGCAUCAUUUGAAUAGUUCUGAUAGUGGCUACUUGUGUAGUGGACAAGUCUGCUAUUUGGCAUGCAUCAUGCCAUGUAUUGAUGUAUUCAAAAUGCAUUCAAAUAUAUCUGAUAUCACAGAGUAAUAGCAACUGAAUACAGAAGGUAUAGCAUUUUGUGGACAUUGCUGUGUACUAUGGUAUUGCUCAUGGCCAAUUAUAUACAUGUAUAGGCUUGUGUUGUAUAUAUAUGUUUAUAUUGUCUUGUAAAUAUAAAUAAAAUAAUGAUGUAGAUACAUCUGGUGAAGGAUGUUGUUACUUGUGUACUGUCUGCAUCAUAUGAAUUUAAAGAAAUACAAGAUAUUAAAAAAAUAACUUUGUACA